CGGAUUUGUGGUUGACACAGAAGUAUUGAUCCCGGCACUUAAUCAGAGGUAUAUACCGACUCAUUUCAUACUACUAAUAGUGAUGGCUUAAAUACGACUGUUAUAACGAGGACAAAUCUCAGAUAUCAAAAGGAUGUUUAAAAUAAAUCAUUUAACAAUCAAUUGUGAGGAAGUUAUUAAAGGUAAAAAAUAUUACAAUUAGGAAAUUUUAUGCGUUUUUCCGUUAUUCCUGUUUUCAAAAAUUUCGCAAUGAAUAUUAGCCUGCAGACAUAAUUGAAAAUGACCAGUCCGACGGUUGAAUGUUCUGACAUCACAUUUUACAUAAGUGGCCCGGAGGAGGAUGUUUCACAUACGAACAACUCCGGAAAUAAUCAGAAAUCCGAGGCGGAGUUCGUGAAAUGUAACGAGAAACGUCUCGAUUAUAUCGACAGUAAUCCAAGCUUUCUUCGAUACAUCGAUAGUAAUGCUGAGUGUCACAGCAUAGAAAACUAUAGUGAGAGCGAAAAUGAAAUGAUUUCAAAUAGACUUAACGAAAAGAGAGAAAAAAUGAAUGAAAACGAAUUGGAUACAAAUCUAGAGAGCAGAAAUUCUGUUAAGGAUAUACGUGAUGCAAAUAGUUAUCAUCAGAUUAAAACGAAUGGAGAAACAGGAGGAAAGUAUAUAGAUUGUCAGUGUGAUGGUCAAACGUUAAGUCCGUGUACGGCCAUUCAUUCAUGCCCUAGAGUGCAUUUCAAAGAUUCACCGAACAAAAGUUUGGAGGACAUAAAUUCGAACAGAGAAAAUGAAUUCAUGUUGACAAAUUCAUCAAGUAAAAAGAAAGUGUCACUGACGUUACCGAACGGACUUGUGAACGGAGUAUACAAUGGUAGUUUGACCGAUCUGGAAAAUGGAAAUCAGUACAGUAAUGGAAAGCAUAGUAGUGGCUUUCAAAAGAGCGAUGAAUUUUCAAUUACUAAUAUUCAACGGUUAAGUAGAAACAGUCGGUAUAGAAAACGCAGUCAGCGAGAUGUAAUAACUCCCGAGAUACAAGAAAAGACCACUUGGUGGAAAGAAUUUUCUGUAACGCAUAUUAAGGCAACAUUCCACAAUCUACAAAUAGAGAAACUUUAUCAGUGCUAUUGUGUUCAACUCAAACAUUCACUAACUAUUGCUUUGGUUACUUUAGCAAUGGCCAUGUUGCUAGGGACACUUAUUUAUCAUAUUGUUGUCAAGGACAAAGAGAAUUUACCAAAGGAAGUGUUUUUAACAAUUGUGAUAACCUUGUCCAGUGGAUUUAUACUAUUCUCUGUAAUCAUAAUCUUCAUACUCAAAAGGAAAUAUUACUCAAAAUAUCCUACAUUGAUAUCUCUAUUGAUAUGGAUUCUAUUGCUUGUUGUGGCAAGCAUUUACUACAAUAUUGUUCAGAAAAAGAAAGUGACGGACAACAUUGCCGUAAUGUUUUAUAUUAUCAUUGUUUGUUACAUCAUGUUGCCACUCUCCAAACGUUUGUCGUUGUUUCUUGGUGUGGUGACAGUCCUACUGGAGAUGAUAGCAUCGGCGCUACUUCAUUCUACAGGAUCAAACUUUCUAGUCGAGGAGCUUAUGUCAAAUUUUAUAAUACUCUUAUGUGCCAAUAUGAUAGGGAUGUAUCAUAAAUAUCUAACUGAUCUGACACACAGAAGGACGUUCCUGGAGGCCAGAAACUCUAUACAAUCAAUGAAGAAACUAGAGAGAGAAAAGAAACAACAGGAAGAAUUGUUAAACAGUUGUAUACCCGGUGAUAUUGUUGAAGAAAUGAAGGAAGAUAUCACCCAGAAGAUGGUGUCACCCACAGAUUCAUUCUAUGAUCUCUAUGUUCAACAACAUUCAGAUGUCAGUAUUCUGUAUGCAGAUAUUGUCAACUUUACCCCACUGGCAGCAGAAUGUACGGCUUCAGAACUUGUCAAAAUGUUGAAUGAACUGUUUGGAAGAUUUGACCAGCUUGCAAAGAAAAAUCAUUGUAUGAGAAUCAAGAUUUUAGGAGAUUGUUAUUAUUGUGUAUCUGGUUUACCUACACCUAAUGAAAAUCAUGCUGAUAACUGUGUUAAUAUGGGACUGAAGAUGAUAGAUGCUAUUAGAGAGGUACGAGAUGCAACAGGUGUAGAUGUUGAUAUGAGAAUUGGUGUACACAGUGGCAUGGUCCUGAGUGGUGUAUUGGGCCUUAGUAAGUGGCAGUAUGAUGUCUGGUCAGAUGAUGUCACAACAGCCAAUCAAAUGGAAUCUGGAGGGGUUCCUGGAAAAGUACAUGUGACAAAGACAACCUUAGAUAAACUACACAAUAAAGACAAAUAUGAAAUAGAAGCUGGAAAUGGACAAUCUAGAAGUACUUACCUAACUGAACAUCAAAUAGAGACAUAUCUUAUUACCACAAAGAUGAAAAAAUUUGAUGAGAGCAGAAGAAUAAGAUCUCGUUUUGAAAGCAGUUUGAGAGCUUCACUGAGGGUUACCAAAUAUUUAGAGCAAAGUUGGAAUGUGGACAAACCUUUUGCUAAUUUGAGAGUUAGUUCCAUGGCAACAAAACUGUUGGGUUUAACUCUUCUACCUGUAAGUAGCCUAGCAUUUUUGGAUUCCAAAUUAGUAUACAACUCUAUGUCAGAAGAUAAAAGCAUUGCAGCCAUAAAUGACCAGUUGAAUGCAGAAGUAAAUGAAGAUCUUGCUAGAAAGUCCAAAGAUUUAGGCAGAAGAUAUUCCUGGAGGAAAACGAAGGAAUUUGAUACAGUUCUACUGAGAUUUUAUGAUGAGUUAGAAGAAGACUACCUCCAGCGUCCAGAUCCAUCAUUUAAAAUUAGUGUUAUAUGUGCUUUCUGUAUAUUUGUUGGUAUCCUGGUUGUCCAAGCCAUUAUAUCAGAUAGAGGUACUGCAUAUUUUUCCUCCUUGUCUAUUGGUAUAGUGGUAUUUGCUAUAACUACUGUGAUAUGUUUUCUUAGAGAAAGUCUGAAUUCCAAAUGUGUGAGUGGUGUGCAUUUUAGUCCUAGAGUUAGAAUAGUUCUAGCCUUCUUGUGUAUAUCUGUUAUAUGUACAGCUGUAUUAGUAUCCAUGAGUGUCUGUGAUCAACAAAUCCCUACCAAUGUAAAUAGUACAGAUAAUUCAUCCAAAAAUACUGUAAUAACAGAUAAUGGUACUGACCAAUCAAAUACAACUCAAACAGAUAGUCAGACAGAUUGUAACAGACCUGUUUAUUUUGUACUAUGCAGUUUACUUGGUCUAGCCUCCAGUAGUGUGUUUCUACAGAUGAAUUACAUUGUAAAGCUUGUGUAUAUGUGUCUUGCCAUGAUAGCCUUUAAUGUGACCUUUUAUGUACAUCCAGAGUUCAAACAAUCAAAUGAUGACAGUAUGUUAACUGAGGCAGUAGCUGGUUCUGUCUAUUUAGCAGUAUUGUUUAUAACACUGGUGUUUUUAGAUAGACAGGUUGAAUACACCAACAGACUUGAUUUUGUGUGGAGUGAACAAUGUAUGAAUGAAAAGAAAGAAUUACAAGAAACAUCAGCACUAAACGAAAAACUUCUACAAAAUAUAUUACCCAAACAUGUGGCUGACUACUUCCUGAAAGCAUCUAAAGCACAUGAUCAAAAAUUAAAUAUACAGGACAGAAUUGCUGAAAGUCGUCGGGAACAAGAGUUGUAUAGUGAAUAUCAUCCAGAAGUUUGUGUCAUGUUUGCCUCCAUACCAAAUUUUAAAGAUUUCUAUCAACAAAGUGCUGCAAACAAAAAUGGAAUUGAAUGCAUACGAGUGCUAAAUGAAAUUAUUACAGAAUUUGAUCAGUUACUUUCUUUGAGAGAUUUUGCUAGUGUAGAGAAGAUAAAGACAAUAGCCAGUACUUAUAUGGCAGUAACUGGUUUGAAAACCCCUAAAGCAGUACGAGUGUUACGUAGAAUUAACAGUAAACCCUUCACAGAGUACAGAAGCAACAUCAUUAUUAUGACUAACUUUGCAUUAAAAAUGAUGACCUGUCUUGAGGAAAUAAACAAACAUUGUUUCAAUGAUUUUAGAUUGAGAGUUGGUUUGAAUCAUGGUGCUGUGACCGCUGGUGUAAUUGGUGCAAGGAAGCCUCAAUAUGAUAUCUGGGGAGAUACGGUCAAUGUGGCCAGCAGAAUGGACAGUUGUGGUCAGAUGUGUAAAAUACAGGUUCCAGAGAAAACUGCUGAAGUACUUAUAGAAGAAGGAUUUGAUUGUCAGUACAAAGGCAUUACACAAGUUAAGGGAAAGCAGCCGAUGACCACAUACUUUGUCUUGUAUAAGUCAGAACCUUUAUGAUAUUCAAGGUCAAAGGUUCAAGAAUAUAUUGAACUUUGAUAUAGGUAUGACAAGGUGAGAGGUCAUGAUCUGUAUACAUCAGAACCUUUAUGAUAUUCAAGGUCAAAGCUUCAAGAAUUUCUGCAAAUUAAACUGUGAUAUAGGUAUGACCAGGUGAGAGGUCAUGAUCUUUGCCAGGUCAAAGGUGAUAACUGUGUCAGAGGAUUAGAAUUCCAACAAACUUAACAUCAGGGAUAUGUUGAUAUUAUUAGUGCCAAAUAAAAUGAUGAUAUUUUUAUGUAGAUGUCAUGGGGAUGAUAACUGUUUUGCAAAGUUUAAAACAUUUUAUAUUAACAAUGUCAACGAAGAACAGCUAGUUGACCACAUCAAGAAAAUAGACAUGACUACAGCUGUAAACAAAUCAGAUAAAAAUCAGAUGAAAUUUUUUAACUCUAAGUUAAUUUUCUAACAAGUAGAAUUAAGAUUAGUUGAUGUCUAACAUGACAGAUGUAAACACCUUAUCGCUAUUAGCCUACUCGGCCAGUGACCCGGCCGCUUGACCUUUUGACGCAUACAACAAUCACUUUUCCAUUGUGGCGUCAGAUAUUUUGGUUUAUGACAUCAAAAUUUUACGGGAACCUGUGUGAUAUCCAGUAAUGGCGGACAAAUAGCGAUAAGGUGUAUUGUAUGGAAGGAUUUGUCUGGAAUAUGUUGGAAAUAUUAUAUCAUCUUCAAUUUUUUUUAUGAUUUUGUGUGAGAGAGUUUACUAAAUUACUUUUUAAGAUCUAAGACCCAAGUGGCAUUUGACAAUUUAUUUUAAGCCAGAAGAUUCUUAGCAUGGACAGUACUGAAAAUUCAUACUGUUUUAAAAGAAGCAUAAACUUUGUAAAGCAUUCCAGUUACAUUUUGUUUCUGUAACGUACCAGUGUGUGUAUUGCUUCAUAAGUGAUUUGUUAUUGAGUUUGAAUUUGUUAAUAUGUAAAUUUAAGGUAAAGAUAAUGUAAUCAAAGUAAAAACAACUUUGGAUAUUUCACAGUAAGUUUAAAAACAUUUGUUAACUACCUCUUAGAAUAAUACUAGAUUUUGUGUUUACAUCUAUAUUCCAAUAUUAUACCCUUAUGCAGACCAUUUUGUUACACAAUCUAAUUGGUUACUGAACAAUUAUUCAAAGAGACUGCAGAAAAUAUUUGCCAUUUAGCAGACUAAUGUUUAGCUAGCAGCAAAUCAAAUUUCAUACAUUUUGUUGUUUUUUGUGUUUUAAAUUUGAAAUCCUGAAUCGAUAUUGAAUAAUCCAAAGUAUUGCACAGAAAACAUAUAUAAAUAGUUUGUCAAUAUUUCUAAAUUAUAUUGUGCUGAAUUUCAUACUUGGCCUGUUUGCACAAAAGGCUAUAUAUACUGGCUUAUAUUUUGGUAAUCAGCAAACAGUUGAGUAAAAAAUUUGGUACCAGUUUUGUGAAAUCAACUCCUGCUAAAAUUUUUAACUGUUUAACCUAGUGCACCUAUUACGUAGCUGUUAAACUAUUUUGCCCCCUUUUAUUUAUCCAUAAAUGUAAAUGCUGAAAAAUAGACAUGUUAAUAUUUUUAGAAAAAUUCUGUGCAAUUUGUGUCUUUGAUCCAUUUGAAACACUUUCAUUUAAUGAAUGUAUAAUUUUAUGAUCUUUUAUAUUUUCAUAUGGAUGUUUUGUUUUAACUUUUUUUGUGCAUUUAUAAAUGAUAAUCUAUUUUUAUAUAUAUGCGUACUAUAUGCAUUUUUUAAAAUCAUUUCAGUAGUUAAAAUAUGAAGUCAUUCUAAUAAGAUAAUAAGGAGAUCUUCUUCUUUUUUUUUCAUUUUAAAGCUUUUUAUUCCUCUUCAGUACAAGAUGAUAUUUCAGUUUUAAUAUAGUUCACUGCUAAUGUCAACCAUUUAAAAAAAAAAAAUCAUUCCAUAAGAAUUAAGCAAACUGAAUUAAGUGUAAUGUUCAAUAAACAUUAUAUACAAGUUUUGGGAAUCAUCCAGAGGCCUCUGUGGCUGAGUGGUUAAGUAGUUCAUCCAUUAUAUCACUUGAAGUUGAAUCUCAAUUUAACAGUCCAUAACAGUUUUGUCCAACACUGAGGUUUUGCAUUGAAAUCCAACAGGUGGCAGGUCAUUCUACUCCAAUCUUAAUUGACUUGGACGGUCAGUUUUCUUGCUGAUGGUUGUGGUUCCAACAUUUUCACCAAUUAAAGCUGACCUCCAAAAUUGAGUAAAUAUGAAUGGAAGUGAUGUUAAACACCACCAAUCAAUAAGUCAAGAAUUUUCUGAAACCAUGCAUCAUAUGCAGUUUCGAAAUGCUUUUUACAUAUAAUUUACAAGUUAAGAAACCCUUACAAUUUUCAUAGAUAUAAGCAGUUUAUUUAGCCCCCUGGCUAGAAUGUUACAGAAGAGAGUUAAUAUGGGUUAUGACACUCUUGAGUUAAAUAAUUAUAUUUCAAUCUGAAUCCCUCAACUUUAAAAGACUUUGAUAGUUAUGUCCAAACCUCUCUUGGUGAUUCAUGAAGGAAGUUUUUAUGGUCAGGUUUUGUUCAAUAAUGAUACU